GUCCAACUCGCGUCGCUUGGCUGGCCGGUCGCCCCGCCCGCCCUACGUUCCAAUUCGUAUUUAGAAUUUAUCGCAACCGCGAACAUGUGAAUCCAAAUUGAAAACUUUUAAAAGUAAUAAGACUUCUUUUGAGUGACUUUUGGAGGUUUUAGUGCUAUUCAAGUGUGUAAAAGCAAUUAAGGUCUGACUCGGAUUUUCUUCUUAAGACGCACAGAAGAUGCCUUGGUGUGCAGCAGCGUGUGUAAGGUGACGGGGCUGGACACGGGGUGAGGAUGAACGAGACGGAGGCGCGCGGGGAGGCGGGGGCGCUGGCGCUCAACGUGGCGGUCACCGUCAUCUCCGCCGUCGGCCUGCUACUCAACGCGUACAUACUCACACUCAUCGUUGUCACUAAGCAGCCAGCAACAGCUUCAUCAGUGCUGCUACUCCACCUCGGUGCGGUGGGAGCGCUGGCAAGCGGCGCAGCGCUAUGCGCGGGCGGCGGCGCGUGCGCGUGCGGCGCGCUGCUGCACGCGCUGCACCCGCUGCAGCUGUGGACCGUGUGCGGACUGCACGCCGACCGCGCUGCCGCCAUCGCCGCACCGCUGCACUAUGCUGCCAUCGUCUCUGCCAAGAAGGUGCUUAUAAGCGUGGCAAGUGGCUGGGUGGCGAUGGCGGCGCUCCUUGCGCCCUUGGCCGUAGCAAAGCCGCCGCUGGUGUACAACACCGGCAUCGGCAGCUGCGCGCCCGACUGCGGCGCCGGCCCUGCCGCGCUGAGCUUCUGCCUCGUAUACGCUUUACUAACUUUAAUACUGCCGGUUCUUCUAGUCGCCCUCUGCAGCCUAAAAAUCCUUCGUAUAGCGCGGUAUCAUCGACACAGAAUUGCGGCCGCUAUUUACGAAGUUACACUCUCUGCACAGGUUACCGUCACACACCAACGAAACCCAUUUUCACCACCACCGCCGCCCCGACGUCGAGCUAUGUCCGCGGUGCUCCAACCUCUCGGCUCUUUAGCUAUACUCUAUUUUCCGUACUACUGCGUAUUGAUAUGGCCGGCUGUUGCCAUUCCACCGCAGCCGGUGGCUGCCAUUUCGGCGGCACUGCUCGCAGCCGCUCCGCCUAUCAAUUGUAUUUUAUACGGCAUCCGAAGUCGACCGCUUCGUGAUUCCUUGCGAAACUAUCGACGGAAAAGAAUGACGAAAAGCGAGGUGACACAGGAAAUUCAGGCGAGGACUCCGAGUGCUUGCGGUUCUCGGCGGCCGUCGUUGUCAGCGGGCUCGGGCUCUAUUCGUCCGCCGACGACAAGACGGCUUUCGGAUGCAGCAGCGAUGGGCUCACGUGGAUCGGAGAGGCCUGCACAGCGAGCCGCGUCGUGCAACAUGUUGCAGGAUCAAGCACACGAAGAAUUGGCGCGGCCGCGGGUGUCGGCUAUUCCCAUAAUCCGCGCCCCGCCGCACGUGGUGCUCGGCCGAGCUCUCGGGUUGGAGGAGAAUGCGGCUCGGGAUCGCCGUCGACGUAGGUCUCCACGCAUCACAGUCACCCGAGCGAUGUCGGACGAGAGCGAGUCGCCGACGCGGCGGCCGCUCUGCAGGCAACAGUCACGCUCCAGCGGGGCGCUCCUGGGCCAGAUGUACUCGCCCGCUGUGUCAGAGAACAUGAGCCUGGAUCAACCGGCUGACGAGCAGCUCCUCCUCUCGUGGCCCCAACACCAACCUCACGUAAACACACACGACGCUUUAUAAAUGGGUAUUAAAUUAGGAUAGAUAGAUGUGCGUAUAAAGACAAUAACUGUGUGUGCGGUUCGAAAAUGAGUCAGCUUCGGUGUUUAAAGAUAUUAUUUUUAGUCGCUUUGUACCGGACUCUUCUCGACCCUCCUGACCAAACUGUGACCAAAUAUAAAGUUUCCUAUGACUAUUUAUUAGGAGUAUUGUAGUCGUAAUAAUUUCUUCUACAGGGUUCCUCCAUAUCGUUAGCUUUACUACUGAAGUAUUACUUUAGUGUGUAUUUCUAAAGAUUUUAUUUUUGAAAUAUUCCAUAGGUUUAGAAAGAGUUUAAUGAGAUGGUUGAAUUUAUUUUUUUGUCUAUUUUGUGACGAUGAUAUUUUUAAGACAAAGUUAGGUACUUACUCAGGUGAUCGUGUAGUAGUGUGUAGGCCGCCCCAGCUGCUUGCGCCGUCCAGUUAGCUAGUUCUCAGUGUCGAUUGAUAUGAUAUCUAUUCAAAUUUCAAAGGAGCAUUGAAAGUUGAUAGAAUUUCACAAUAGAUGCAUCUCGAUCGAAUGGGGAAUUGGGCCACAGCCCUCGCGUCGUAUACCUAAGUUGAUUUAGUGUUAGACAUUCGCUUUACCUCACGUAAGGGUACUCUGUCACUUCGCCAAUGGCUUUAAAUAGAUUUUAUCUCGCAAUCUUGUCGGAAUCUAUGUAUUUUAGAGUAUAUGGAAAAAUUCAAUCCACCUGAAAGACUUUAUUUUGUAAAAUAUUUUCACAAGGAGGAUGGUGAUAUAAUCUCAAUCUCAAUAUUAUUAUUUUGCGAUAGAAAAUGUUCUUUAUCUGUAAAGUAGAGAUGUAUGUCAACGAAAGAUUUAAAUAUCGUUAUAUAAUGAUAAAUGUUUGGUAGAUAUAAAAUAUCAUUUGUUAUUCUAGUCAGAAAGCUGUUGUUUUACGAUAUCUGUGUUAAUUUAUAAUGUAAGUUAAGACUACAUAUAAGUGAAGAAUUAAACGCAAAAUUCUA